CUCAAAACAUUAACAAAGUGGAAUGAAAAAUUACUUAUUAACAUUUUCUAUGUGCAAUGUUUUUCAAAAUAAUUUGGCUUCUCACCUGCAAGUGAGUUUGGAUAACUGAACCAUACUGCAAUUGGAAAAUCAGAAUGCCGAAAUCACAAAAUAUUCAAAAAGUUGUUCUACCGAUAUCAAUUAUAAGUUGGCUUUUGGGAAGUGGAGUCAUCGAAUUUCCUGUAGGCCAUCCACGAUUUGUAAUCAGUUUUUUGUACACAUUAUGUAUCAUAACGGCUUAUGGUGCAUCAAUGUAUUAUACUUUAAUUUACGCCAGUUUUACAUACUUAAAAAACGUCAACAAUACUGGAGAAUUUCUUUUCAAAAUUCUUUAUUACGGAAACGGAUUCCUGGCUGUGACUGCAGUCGUUUUAGGCUGGAAUCGAAGAAAGGAUUUGAAAAAAUGCAUUCAGAGCAUAGGGAUGGUCGACGAAUCACUGCAAAAAAUUGGAAUCACAAAAGACUACGACAAAACAUUUUGGAAGGAAAUAGGAGGCACGUUAGGAUCGUUGCUUAUAAUUGUAGGAGUUACAAUAGUCAAUGCAUAUACUUCGAUUUUAAAAAAUGCUCCAUUUCACGUAAAAAUUGUACUGGUAGUAUCAGCACAUUAUCCAAUUUUUCUCAUGUUCGUUGCAGAUAUAAUGUUUUUAUCCAUAGUAAGGUGUAUGAUGAGGAAAUUUGCACGAUUAAAUGCAUUACUGAAAAGCAUGUCAUCAACAACUCCACUAUCGCCACAAUAUAUGAAAUUGCUUUACCACAGAUCUGGUCUUCUAAAACCUACAAUCGUUAAUGGGUUUAGUAAAAAAACAAAUGAUGAUACACAUUUGAUGAAAGCCGCAAAGCAGGUUCACUUGGAUUUAGUGAAAAUUUCCCGAAGUGUUAAUGAAACUUUUGGCCUGCUAGUACUUUUAUCAAUGGCACUUGCAUCAGUUUUCAUUACCGGACUUUUAUAUUAUUCUUACACUGUUAUAUAUUUAACAACCAAUCCAGGAAUAGAUACAAGGCCUGGAUUAAUUUCUGCAUGUUGCUGGCUAUUUUUUUAUGUAAUAAAAAUAUUGAUUGUUAAUCAUAUGUGCGACAGGACAAGCGCAGAGGCUUUGAGAACGGGCAAUAUUAUUUGCGAAUUGCAUGAACCGAUGACUAAUAAAGAAUUUCGCUCAGAGAUUCGAGAGUUCCUUUUACAAUUAAUACAAAAUCCUCUGAAAUUUACGGCCUACGAUUUUGUGACAUUAGAUUACACUUUUAUUCAAGGGGUUGUUGGAUCCAUCACGACAUAUUUAGUAAUUCUUAUUCAAUUAGGGGGUGAUAUCUCGGACUCCAGUGCAUUUUCAAAUUCAACCAAACUAAACGACACAACUUCAUGA